AUGAACACCAUCCGGGUACGGGUCGUAGCUGACGAACGCGAAGCAAAGCGGUUUGCAGAAUUGCUUGAACAUGUGUUCGAGGACGAUGGCAACCCGGUUACCGUUUUUGAAACGUCAGAAGACGACAGGCUCUGGUCGGCCGAAGUGCUGGUGUUCGACUUGGGAGCUGACGACGCCCGGGAUCUGGUCCGCAGCCGGGUCGGUGGCGAUGCGCUUGCCGGAAAGCUGGAGGCCGAAGAACUCCCGGAUAUCAACUGGGUGGAAAAAAGUCUUGAAGGCUUGAAUCCGGUUCGCGCCGGUCGGUUUGUGGUACAUGGCGGUCACGACAAGGACAAGGUUCCGGCCGGGGCGAUCGGGCUGGAAAUCGAGGCGGCGCUGGCAUUUGGGACAGGACAUCACGGCACGACGGCCGGAUGCCUUGAGGAAAUCGACAGGCUUCUUUCCCUGCGCGAAUACAACAGCAUUCUCGAUCUGGGUACCGGAACGGGCGUUCUGGCGAUUGCUGCGGCGCUCAAGGCGCGUCAACAGGUUCUGGCGACAGACAUCGAUCCUGUCGCAACCCGGACGGCGCUGGAAAAUGCCCGCCUCAAUGGGGCAGCCCACCUCGUCAAGGGGUUCACGGCAAACGGCGUGGAAGACCGGCGAUUUCGACUUUACGGACCGUUUGAUCUGGUCAUCGCCAAUAUCCUGGCAAGGCCCUUGAUGAAAAUGGCCAAGGCGAUCGGUUCGCAAAUGGCUCAGACCGCUACCCUGGUCCUGUCUGGCCUGAGGGUUGAGGAUGGUCCUCGCAUCCUGUUUGCAUAUCGUUGCCAGGGCUUCGUUCUGGACCGACAGCGCGAGAAAGACGGCUGGCUGACACUGACACUGGUGCGCGGCCGCAAUUUUGCCUGA